UGUUCCGAGUGGGAAGGGGAAAAAAAGCAGACACGCUGACGCUGCACUGAAGAAAGCACAAACGCGGUGACUGAAAUUCUUGCUUAGCGCUUAAGAUUCCACCCGGCCGGACACUCCAUCGAAAUUCCGGUUCAGAACACGUCUGUCUAAUCUAGUAGCGUAGUGGAAGGCGAAACAAAGCAGAAAUUUCUCGAGGAGCUAGAGACACAACGUUCAUUCGAUUCGUUCGCUUCAGUUCAUUCCCCCUUUUCUCUCUACCGCCGCAAACUGCCCUGAAACAUCUCCAAGGGGAGGAGCCCAGGCGAGAUUGAAAUCGAAAGCACCACCCGCCAUCGCCUCCGGAGCCGGGGAAAAGGGCGGCGGUGAUGUGGGUGGAGAUCCUGUGCGGCCUGGUGGCCUACAAGGUCAUCCGCCGCUUCUUCUUCGACGACGGCGACGACGCUUCCUACCUCGCCGACCUCGACUCCUCCCACUCCGACCUCUGCUUCGCCGUCGCCGCCAGGCUCGAGAAGCUCUACGCCGGCCGAUGCUUCGUCGGCCUCCGCAUCCCCGACCCCGACGCCGGCGAGCGCCAGCACAUCGAUGUUGUCCUCGUCACCAAGAGGGAGGUGAUGGUUGUGGCAGUUAAGAACUUCUCUGGCUUCGUUGAGGCCGACAAGGAUGGAAAUUGGUCUUGUCCAACUGACAAGAAGCGUAAGCAAGAGAUAAUUCCAAACCCGGUACUAGAAGUCAACAGACUAGCUGCUAAUCUUCAAUCAUACUUGGAGCAAAGGGGAGCAAAGCUACCUGACGGGCAUAUAAUUGGAAGAGUUGUUCUGCCAAAUCCCAACUGCAGGCCUUCAUAUAAUAUAACUAUUCAACCAGAGGUUAUGUUGUAUGAUCAAUGGAAAGAUCUUAAGCCAGACUCAAAGAGUGGACUCUCAACAUGGUUUAAAGGUGCAUUUACUGGAAGCAAAAGUGACAUGCAAGAUUCUGUACUCCAGAACCUACAUUUUAUUCUUAGCACAUCACCUAUGUGGGACAGGUUGGAACUCAAAGGAGACAAAAAUGUUCUUGGUGAGUUCAUCGAGUUCAAAGGGAGGCAUGAGGACAUUCAACUUCUCAAAAUUCUUAAGAGGUCAAAAGUCAGUCGAUUCAUCAUCCAGAAGUCAACUCUUUUUGGUGGUUUUGGUAGGUCGCGGGUUCAAAUAUUGUAUUCUCCUCGCGAUUAUCGAAUAGAGGGUGCUUCAUCUUCAGAAUGGAAAGAGAUUUCUGUGAAGCAAUACACAGAGAUUGUUUUCCAGCCAUUGCACUCCAAAAAAGUUCGGAAAUUCAAGCUGUCAAGUGUUGUUUCGGUCACACUGAGUGCCUAGCAAGCAGAAAUCUUAAGCUGCCGCUUUUCUGGUGUACUUUAUACUUUCAUUUCAGUGUAACUCACUGAAAUUAUGCUUCUCUGUUUCCACCUGUAAUUAUGUGUGAUAAUGUGGAGGAUAGUGACUUGGAGCAAGGCCUCGCUGAAUAAGCAUCGCAUUUUUGCCUGAUUCUGUUUA